AUGAGAGCAGUGCUAGAAAGCAGGUUACGAGCGCUGAGUAAUGUACAAUGUGUUCUAAACGUACGAUAGUGUUGGUGGAUACAAUGCUGAACUACGAUAUGGUAGACGCUGGUUAACAUUAAUUCAGCAAAAUCGGAAUUAUUGGAUAAAGACUAAAUCAAAAAUGUAUGCAGAGCGAAAAUAAAUAGCAUUCAUCAAAUGGAUCUGAUCUGAAUCAGCAUUUGCAAAAUACAUAAUUAUUUUAUGUGGUAUGAUAUAUCUGUUGGAAUUACACGAAGGCAUUGACUUAACCACAUAACUCCUUCGUCACUUAAUCUGCUGGCAUGUUGCAGGGCAAGUACAGCAGAGGUAAAGUGGUCGCUCACCGGAGAGAUAUCAACUGUCUGCCCGGCCUCCAGCAUUUGCUCCUCAGCUGCAACAACAUCACAAGUUUGGACGACAUUGCUUGUUUGGCCGAUUCCUCGCCGCACUCUGAAGUUACUCUGGAUGGAACUCCCCUCGUCAUAGAGUCAUGUUACAAGCAGAAUAUCCCUCGUUAUAUGGUGCAAUUACGACAGUUGGAUAUGAAGAAAAUAACAGAGGAAGAAAGGCGUACAACAUCAGCACUUGCAAGAAAAGAGGAAGAGAAAAAAAGGGAGAGUCAUAAGCAGGCAAAUCAAAAGGAGAAAAGAAAGUUAGCAAUCAAAAAUGCAGCUCAGCUCUGGGAUUCUCAUUUGCAGAAGGCUGACUCUGCCAGUAGGGUCUGUCUAGUGAUCCCAGCACAGAAUGAAAGUAAAGAGGAGAUCAACUUUGAAGAUGGCUCUGAACAGAACAAAAGGGUGGAACAAGAGCCAGAUGAGCUCAGGUCCCUUGAACCUGAAGGAAGAACUGGAGCACAGUGCCUGUCUGUCUCAGAUUCACACCUAGCAGAACUUGAUGGUAAUACUUUGCGACUUUUUGGUACUGGUGCUCUGGAUGCUUUGGAGAGAGGCUGGGGACUGCACACUGCUUCUGUUGUGAGCACAAUCUCCUUUUACUACAUUGACUAUGAACUUAUUGCAGCAAUUUUGUCCAGGAUACGCAUCAAAUUCCCCAGUGUUGUGCAUUUGGUCUUCUCUGACUCUAACAUUUAUCAGCUACAUCAGUUGGCUGCCCUGGCUCAUGUCCGCAGACUUGAUCAUCUGACUAUACAUCCCCAAGGAAAUCCAGUGGUCAGGUUAACACUUUGGAAGUCCUAUGUUCUUUUUAGACUGAGCCACCUCAAACUGCAGAGGAUUAAUGAUCAAGAGGUUACACUAAAUGAUUUAGUGAUGGCUGAGAAGCUGUUUGGAACUUUGGCUAACAUUGCAGAAACCGAAACAUCUCAUCAUCGCCUACUGCUGUUGCUUGGGGAAUCCAGCAGAAAGCGUCAACUGCAGUUCUUUCUGGAAGGCCGGGGCCGAACAGGACUGAGUCCAGAAAGCAUCCGUGAAAAUGGAAAGUUGCCUGGGGAAGGCCUUGGCCGGGCAUUACUCACCUACCCAAGCAGAGAUGCUCCCAAAAAUGAGGAGAAUGCUCAUGCUCAGCUAAGCCAUCAUUAUGUGAAAAUGCUACUGCAGGAGGCAGUGGCCAUCAACCAGAAAAUGGAGACACUGCACAAGCAAUGGCCCUUAUUGUUCAUGGAACUGGUCCGAGACAGUGUGAUGGAAAUGAGGGACAAAUCGGCUUUCAGAAGAGUCUGUCUUCAAAGAAUUGCUGAGACCAAAUAAGGAACAUUCAAAUUCAUUCCUUUAUAUUUUUCCUUGAGCCAUUAAAAAUGUAAUGCAAAUGUGCCACCUUUUAUCAAACUUCUUGAUCAUCUUGAAACCCGUUUGCACGCUGCUACACCAGCUGGCUGUAGAUCACCCUGCACAACUCCUCUUCAAGAAAUGCAAAUAAAUGUCAAGGACUGCAUUACGUGAGCCUUCUACUUACAGGGAUUUUGUCUUCUGUAACCACAUCUGACAUUGAAUUUGUUGUGACACGAGUAUAGCGUGUCUUCCGUUUCAGAGAUCUGAUACCAAGUAGCAAUCCGGAG